AUGGAGAAUUUGAUGCAGCGCUUCCCGGAGAAAAAGUACGAUGUCACGAACUACAUCGAAAGCUUUUGCGGGUUGAUCUGGUGCCCCUGCAUGGGAUGGCAAAGCAGAACGCUGAUACUGCAAAGCGAGGAGGUUCUCUACAAGAGAAAGAAUCUCUGCUGCUCUGGCACGCAGAAGCGGCCUUAUGCACAACUGGGUUCUGUAGAGCUGCACGAUGCCUGCUGCGGUCUUUGCGUCACGAUGAGUUCCAACUUGGAGAAAGUCAACGAGAAAGGCGAGGGUGGCAUCAAACCUUUCUUUGGCGUGGAUCGUCCAUACACCGAGGAGAUCUGCAACGAGCUGCGUGCCCGCAUGGAGGGGCGAGGCGACACUGCGCAGCGACGGCAGCAGACGUUCUUGCUGGAGCAAGUGACUAAACUUACUGCAGAGCUCCCUCUGAUAAUGGCGAAUCGCGGUAUUCAGUGGCCACCUUCUGGAGGGGUACUAUCGAAAAUCUUUCCUGGAGAAACGCCGGCAUUGAAGACCUUCGCGCAGCUUUACAAUCCGGAGGAAGAGGUGAAAUUCGAGACGCAGUCCUGGCAAGUGGUCUGCUGCCUCGAGCAGAUUUGCGGCUGUGUCGACCGAACUGUGGAGCUGACUCCCGACGAGGCCGUAAUUCGAGAGGUGCGGGGCUUGGAUCGCGCUAGCAAAAUCGAGCGACGUCCCUAUGCACAGAUCGACGAUGUGAACAAGGAGAAGGCCUGUGGCUGCUGCGUGAGCAUGCGAGCUGGUGAGCUGGUCGAGCAGCCGAUCUCCAACGCGACGGGCUGCGACGAAGAGACGAUCACCCAGAUUGUGGAAGAGUUAAAACGCCGCAUUGAAAUCCGUGGGAACAUCGGGCAAAUGAAGAAGCUCGAAAGCAUCAUGAGCAAAGUGGAUGAUCUGAGGCUCCUGAUGCAAGUGGUCCAGCACGAGCUCGGCGUGGACAUGCAGUACCCUCCUAGCCAGAUGGGGCUGCCUCCCAUCAGGCCUCAUUCCAAGCCUUCGGAAAAUUUUCCGACGCGGGAGUUCGAGGUCACCAACUACUGCGCGUCGCUGUUCUGCUGCGGCACCCAGAAGGACGUCAUGACCUUGGAGAAUGACAAAGUCAUCACGAAAAGCACAAACUGCAUCGGUGAGAACUUGACCAGCAUGCCUUAUGCACAGCUCAGCUCGGUCGAUGAAGCGAGGAGUUGCUAUUGCUGCAGGAGCGUGAAUGGCAUUGUUCCGGGCUGCGGAUGCCAGGGCACGAAGGUGACCGACUUGGCUAACGAACUGCAGCAACGAAAAGUCAAGCGGGGCGACAUCGCGCAACUCAGGAACCAGGAGAACACGAUGCUCAAUGCUCUAGAGUUGAGCGUUCGCACUUCCAGCGUUCUGAGCAAGCUGGGCGUGCAAUAUCCACCUUCGCAGGAGACCAUGAUGAAAGAAUAUGGUCCCGGCUUUACGCUGCCGACGGCGAAGGAUGGCUACAUGGGUGAGGAGGUCCAUGUGGGCCCUUCUCAGCAGCAUGGCGAGAAAGACUACGGUGUCACGAACUACGUUGAGUCCUGCUGCGUCUGCUUCUGGACUCUCGGUCUUGCCGGCUGCCAAACGCAGCACCUGCACUUGGGAGAGGAAGAGGUGACUCUUACCAAGAAGGACUUUUGCACCACGAGCACGAUGAGGAUGCCGUAUGCCCAACUGGGCUCGGUUGACGUCGAAUCGAUCUGCUGCGGCCAAUGCUUCAAUGUGGAGACGGACGGCGGCACAAUCCAGCCAAAGUGCGGAUGCGACAAGCAGCUCACGGACAAGAUCUCAGAGGACCUGCAGAACCGUAAGGUUUCACGUGGCAACAUCGCCCAAGUGAGGAUGCAGGAAAAUCUGAUGAUCGAGAUGAUCAAGCUGGGCGUUCAGCUGGAUCAGCUCGCCCGGAACGACGGCGUGGAGUACCCACCCACCCAGGCGAAGAUGACAGAGAUCUUCGGUCCGAACGCCGUGCUGCCCCAGAAGCAGGCUGCUCCUAUCGUGGCGCAAGGCUCGGACCCUUCCCUCAUGCAAGUGAUCGUACCCGAAGGCUUCGGGCCCGGACAGAUGUUCCAGGUCCAAGGUCCCGGUGGAGGCAUGAUGCAAGUCCAGGUUCCACAAGGAGCACUUCCCGGACAGGUGUUGCAGGUGGCGGCACCAGUGGUUGUCGGUGCACCCGUACAGUCGUCCAUGCCAAGCGCCAAUAAGGACACCGAAUAA